AAAGGUUAAGCUGAAUAUGCUCAUGGAAAAUUUAGAGCCAUUCAGAGGAAUCAAGAUUAAUGUUGAUGACGUAGAUGACGUUUUGAAAAACAUAGGGAUAGAACUCACACCUAAGGAACGCUGGAGGCUGCUAAAAACCCUGCCAAUUACUUUUGAUGGAAAGGUGUAUCAUGUUCGGUUGCUAGAAGGUGUAAAGACUUUCCAAGGAGGGAAAAUUUUAGAAAAUAAACUAGAAACCAUUCUGGAAAACUUGAACUAUGACCUUGAAAAUGAAGAAAUCAAAGAUCUACAGAAUCAUUUGAAAAUUGAUAAUAAUGGAAGGAUUUCACUGAACUCCUUUAUGAGGACAGCAAAUUUAUUUUCUGGUGAGUGAGAAGUAAUGAGGAAAAAAUGUAAAAUCAGGAUCCUUUGUUGUAUGUACAUACCAUAUUUUAAUCGUAUA